ACUCACUCACACACACUCUCUCUCUAACACCUAGCAAGUUCGAACAAGGAACAACCACAACACAGCGCCCACGAGCUCAUCUUAGCAUAGUCCACCGUACCUUUCUCUCUCUUUCUCAGAGAAGUAGCAGCGGCGAAUGAUGUCGAGUACAGACGGCACUUCUAACGGCGUAACUAACGGCGCCCUCAUGGACCCACAACGCCAGCAACCCCCAGGAAACGGCGCACUAACGGUCAAGAAACCGCCGGCAAAAGACCGCCACAGCAAAGUCGACGGCCGAGGCCGUCGCAUCCGUAUGCCGAUCAUCUGCGCCGCUCGGGUCUUCCAACUAACUCGUGAGUUGGGCCACAAAUCGGACGGUCAGACCAUCGAGUGGCUCCUCCGCCAAGCCGAACCGUCCAUCAUUGCCGCAACCGGUACCGGAACCACCCCAGCCAGCUUCUCAGCUGUAGCCGUCUCCGUCAGAGGCUCUUCCAGCAAUUCCGUCUCCGCCGCUCUCGACCAGAAACCCAAUCCUUCCAUGUUGGGCCCCACACCCUUCAUCCUCGGCAAGCGAAUAAGGAGUGACGAUGAUUCUGAUGACGCAUCUCCCAAAGAAGACGCCUCCGCCAACGCCACCGGCGGCGCUGCUGCUUCCUCCGCCAGUAUGGGUCCCACCGCCGGUAGUUUCUGGGCUCUUCCGGCACGGCCAGAUUACGGCCAGGUUUGGAGUUUCGCUGCUGCGCCGCCUGAGAUGGUGGUGCCGACGCCGGCAGCGGUGGUUGCUGCUUCGCAGCAGACAGCUAUGGCUGGGAGGUUUGGACAGCAACCCAUGGGAGAGGCAUCGGCGGCAAGGGUUGGGAAUUACCUGCCGAUCGCUCAAGGGCAUCUGAAUUUGCUGGCUUCGUUGUCUGGUGCUUCGGCUUCGUCGGGGAGAAGAGACGAUGAGCCUCGUUAAUUGAUAUUGCUUUUGUGUGUUUGUGUUUGAGUUCGUGUGUGAGUGUGUGGGUUUUAGACGGUUAUGGUUAGGGUUUUUAGUUGAUGAAAAAUUAUGAAUUCAAUGGAUUAGGGGUUGUUAGUAGCGCUUUGCUUACUUGUCUUUCUCUCGGAAUAUUAGGGUUUAGUUUUUCUUCUUUGUGUAUUUUCUUCGUCUUUUAGGGUUUGGAGUUUAUUUCAUGGGAGGCAGAGUGAGCAAGUAAGGGAGGACUUAGUUUUAUGUGACCCUGGGAAUCAUCAUCUUCACUGGAAGGGACUUUUGUGUUUUGUUUUUGCUGCUUCAUCGAGUAUGAACUAUGGAGGGUUACCCAGAGAAGAAACUUGGGAUCAUGAAAAUCGCCAUUUGGUUGGUGGUGGAUGACAUGGUUUUCUUCUUUCCCACUUUCCCUGGUUCAGGGCAAGGUGGUUUCUGUUGUUGCUGCUGGAUAGUGAGCAUUGGGGUUUGUGAUGCUUGAAGGCUGUUCUGCAAAAUGGGGCUCUGAAGAAGUGGUUUGGUUACCUCUCACGGUGGAGAAAUAGGGGUUCUGGGUAAUUGUGCUUCUGAAAUUAUUUUCGAUUUUCCUUCUGGGCACUGUGAUCAUGGUGAUAAGCUGAUCAUGAGCAUUGAAGUUUAUCUUGGUGUAGCUGGAAUUAUUUUCUAUGGGGAUCCUGAUUGUAGAGCAGAUUUCCAAGCUGGCAUUUUGGUUAAUUGUGAGAGAAGAAUUUCAUGGUUUUUGCUGCUUCAUGUGUGCUGGGGAUAUCUCUGCAAUGGGUCCUUGUGCUCUCUCUAUCUCCCAUGAUCUCAAUUUCGUGUUGAGGACUUGAUGAUGAAUGCUGUGGAAAUGCUAUUGGUCCAUGCCUGUAAGAUCUCAUCUUUUCCAUUAAUCUGAUUUUUUUUAGCAUUUCUUAGAUUUAUCAGCAUGACAAUAAUGGGUUUUUCUGUAUGUAAUGGAUUGUUUGGGGUGCCUGCAGUGUGAAUAAAAAGUACGUCUGUUUAUUUCUUUCCUUUUGGGGUUUGCUCAGCCCAUUUGUGUGUUGUGCUCCUUUCGGUGAUGUAAAUAUGAACCAUUCCAUCCUAAUUUUAUUUUAUUUGCAGUGCCCAA